GGAGGCGAGUGGCCGGCCGGGAGGCGGCACUUGGUGCGGUGCGAGUGGCGGUGCCGGGUCGGUGCAGGACGCUGAGCGGGCCGUUCGCGAUUCGGUCUCGGCUGGAGAUCUCUGGAGCCUACCACCCACCAAGUGGACCAACACUUCCAGCAGCAGUCGUCUGGGCAACAGCGAACCAUGCCGGUCGGCGGUGGAGCGUCUCCGCCUGUUUUCGAACAGAUCUUCCAAAAUGCCCGCUUCGCUCAGGGCGGCAACGCUCUGUUCGAGGGCAAGGUGCGCGGUAACCCAAAGCCCAACAUAUCAUGGACACGCCAGGGUCGCCCCAUUCAAGCGUCCUUCAAGUACCAGCUGAAACACAACCAGCUGACGGGUGACGUCAGCCUGCUGAUCAACCGCAUCGGGCCGGGCGACGAGGGCGAGUACACCUGCAUGGCCACCAACCAGUACGGCGAGGCCGUCUGCACCGUCUACAUCCAGCCGGAGGCGGCAUUCCUGCAGCAGCAGCAGCAGCAGGGACAGGUGCAGCAGCAGCAGGGACAGGUGCAGCUGCAGCAGCAGGGACAGCUGCAGCGGCAGCUGCCGGGUGGCCAGCACCGCAUGAUGGGCCAGCAGCACAGCAUGCAGAUGCGCCAGGAAACCACCUCGAUGACGGACGCCUCGGGGCACACCACCACCACCACCAAGACGGACCGCCAGUACAAAACCACGCCGUUCGGAGCUGUGGAGGAGUUCCGCGUGGACACGUUCGAGUACCGUCUGAUCCGCGAGUCGGAGUUCCGCGAGGCGCUGACCCGGCGCGACCGCGGCGAGACGGACGUGGUGACGCAGACCGAGGUCCGCCGGCCCGGCCCCGUCAGCCCGCCGCAGCUGCAGGCCAAGCCGCGCGCCAGCAAGGUCACAGAGGGCGGCGACGCGACCUUCGUGGCGCGCCUGGUCGGCAACCCGGCGCCCAAGAUCACCUGGUUCAAGAACGGCGCGCGCGUGCGGCCGAGCCCGCGCGCCGCCAUCUCGCAGCAGGACUCGGUGGUGACGCUGGCGCUGAAGGACGUGAAGCCGCAGGAUACGGGUCAUUACACCAUGCUGGCUGAGAACACGGCCGGCUGCGUCGUCAGCUCCGCCUACCUGGCCGUGGAGCCCGCCACGCCCUCUGCCACUACCCAGCAGCAGCAGAUGCUGCAGCGUGCGGACCGUACGGUCACACAAGUGGAGGAGGUUGGUGAGGGCAAAGCGCUGGCACCCAGCUUCCUCAAGGUCCCCUCAGACACAGAGGUCCAGGAGGGCAAGAUGGUCCGCCUGGAGUGUCGCACUGGUGGAAAGCCAGCGCCGGAUGUGCUGUGGUACAUCAACGGUAUGCCGCUGGCCAACGACGCCACGCACAAGAUGCUGGUGAACGAGGCGGGCAACCACGCGCUGAUGAUCACCAGCGCCAGCCAGCGCGACUCGGGCGUCCUCACCUGCGUGGCCAAGAACAAGUCCGGCGAGACCAGCCACCAGAUCAACCUGAACGUGCUGGAGAAGGAGCAGGUGAUCGCGCCCAAGUUCGUGGAGCGCUUCCAGACGGUGCACGUGCGGCCCGGCGAAGCGGUGUCGCUCAGCUGUCGCGCGGUGGGCGCGCCUACUCCGCGCAUCACCUGGCAGAAGGACGGCCAGCCGCUGCAGCCGUCCCCCAACGUGCAUAUCAUCACCGACGGCGGCGCCUCCAUGAUCGACAUCCCCUGCGUGCGGCCCGAGGACAGCGCCUGGUACCAGUGCACGGCGCAGAACGCCGCUGGCAGCACGGCCACGCGCGCCAAGCUCUACGUCGACGUGGGACCGCCGCCUCCGCCCAGCGAACCCUGGAGACUCCAUCUGCCUAAGCCGACCAAGGUGAUCCCCCCGGAGGCGCCCAACGAGCCGGAGAUCAUCCACCUGAAGCACGUGGAGCGGUCGCGGCCGAAGCCGCAGCGGCCGGACGAGGAGCAGCCGGUGCAGCCGCCCCAGUUCACCCACCCGCUGCGGGACACGCGCGUCAACGAGGGCGACCGCAUCCUGCUGGAGGCCAAGGUGGUGCCGCUCGGCGACCCCACCAUGCGGAUCGAGUGGUACAUCGACGGCCAGCCGCUCUCGGCCAGCUCCCGCGCCACGCUGACGCACAAGUUUGGCUACGUCUCGCUGAGCCUGCUGACGGUGAUCCAGCAGGACACCGGCGUGUACACGUGCCGCGCCGUCAACCAGGCGGGCGCCGCCGACUGCUCCUGCACCGUCACCAUCGGCCCUCGUGCCACGAUCGAGACAGCGCCGCAACAUCCGGAGAGCCUUGAGCAGAUCCAGAUGCUGGAGGACGCCUCCCGCUUCAUGCGCACCAUCUCGACCGAGGAGAAGAUGGUGAAGCCGCACUUCGUGCGCGAGCUCCGCGACGUGCUGGGCGCCAACGAGAACGGUCUCGCCCAUUUCGAGGCCCAAGUGGAGCCUGUCUCGGACUCGCACAUGAGGAUAGAGUGGUUCAAGGACGGCAAGCCCAUCACGGCUAGCUCUCGUAUUUCCAACAUCAACAACUUUGGUCACGUGGCGCUACAUAUCAGCCAGCUGCGGCCCGAGGACUCUGGCGUCUACACGGUCCGCGCCUCCAACAAGGUGGGCGAGGCGUUCAGCCAGGCGCAGCUGGUGGUGAACGUGCAGGCGGCCGUCACCGGCGACCUCGGCAUCCCCGAGCAGCAGCAGUACAUCCAGUCGGUCGAGCAGCUGGAGUCCUACAAACAGGCCAUCCAGAAGCAGGUGACGGCCGACCUCGCCGACACCAAGACAGUGCCGCGCUUCACACAGCCGAUCAGGGACGCGCCGACCGUGCCCGAGAACGGCACGGCCCACUUCGAGGGGCGCCUCGAGCCCACCGGCGACUCGACGCUGCGCGUUGAUUGGCUGAAGGACGGCAAGCCGCUCGAGGCCAGCUCGCGGAUGACGACCUUCUUCAACUUCGGCUACGUCAGCCUGACCAUCAAGCAGGUGACGGUGUUCGACACGGGCGUGUACACCUGCGUGGCGCGCAACGUGGCGGGCCAGGCGCAGUGCCAGGCCACGCUGCAGUGCAUCGGCAGGAAGGACGUCGUCACCGACAGCCAGGUGGAGAGCCUGCAGCAGUUCCAGUACCUGGAGGACGCCAGUCGUCACCAGCGGCUGGUUGAGGAAGAUGUGACGGUCACCAAGAUGCCUCCCAAAUUCCUCGGACCACUGAAGGGAACAAACGUCAUCAAGGAGGGACAGCGGGCUCACUUCGAGGGUCGUGUGGAACCGCAGAACGAUGCCACCAUGAAGACUGAGUGGCUCCUGAACGGCAAGCCUCUGGCGCCGGCCAGCCGCAUCCAGACAGUACUCGACUUUGGCUACGUGGCGCUCGACAUCGCCGGCGCCAAGCCAGAGGACGCGGGCACCUACACUCUGGUGGCCAAGAACCCCCUGGGGGAGGUGCGCGCCCAGACCCAGAUGAAGGUCGAAGUGCGCCAGGCCGUCGACACCACGUCUAUGCACCGCGGAGUGGUAGAGAAGACGGACCGCAUGGAGAAGGCCAAGUUCCAGGAGCCGCAGUACGACGUGCCCGAUUACUGCAAAUCCAAGCCCGUCUUCGUUGAGCCGCUCAAGAACCCGGCGCCGCAGCCGGAGGGGCGCGGCGUGCACCUGGAGUGCCGCCUGGAGCCCGUCAACGACCCCACCAUGAAGGUGGAGUGGUUCCAGAACGGCCGCCCCAUCACCAUCGGCUCCCGCUUCCGCACGUACGCCGACUUCGGCUUCGUGGCGCUGGACGUGCUGGACCUGACCAAGGCCGACGAGGGCGAGUACACGUGCCGCGCCACCAACAAGCUCGGCUCGGCGCACACGUCGGCGCUGGUGCACGUGGUGCCACACGCCGACGUCGACACCGACACGCAGCACGAGGGCGCGCUCGACCAGAUCCAGUACCUGGAGGACUCGGCCAAGCAGACGCGCCGCGUCGAGGAGGACACGACCAUCAACCAGAUGCCGAACUUCACCAAGCCGCUGAGGAACGUGGAGACGCUCGAGGGCACCAACGUGCACCUCGAGUGUCGGCUGCAGCCGGUCGGUGACAACAGCAUGAAGGUCGAGUGGUUCGUCAACGAUCAGCCGCUGAAGACCGGCCACCGGUUCCGGCCGGCGUACGAGUUCGACUACGUGGCGCUGGACCUGCUCAGCGUGUACCCGGCCGACUCGGGCCUGUACACGUGCCGGGCCACCAACCGACUGGGCCAGGCCGUCACCUCGGCCGCCAUCCGCGUCAUCGCUAAGAAGGACCUGUACACGGAGCACCCGUCGUCGCUGGAGCAGAUCCAGUUCAUCGAGGACACGUCCCGGUACCAGCGCAAGGAGUGGGCCGAUGAGAUGGUGCAGAUCAAGCCCAAGUUCGUCUCCCAGCUGAAGCACCAGGAGCACCUGAAGGAGGGUCAGACGGCCCACUUCGAGGCCAAGGUGGAGCCGGUGACGGACGUCAACCUGCGCGUUGAGUGGCUCAAGGACGGCAAACCCAUCACAGUCGGCCACCGUCACCGUCCGCUGCACGACUUCGGGUACGUGGCUCUCGACAUCGUCGGCACGAUCCCCGAGGACGAGGGCAUCUACACCUGCCGCGCCACCAACGGACUCGGCUACGACGAGACCUCGGCCAUACUCAAGUGUGCCAGCGCGCAGAAGGUGGUGACGGCCACCCAGCACGAGUCGGGUCUGCAGCAGCUGCAGUUCCUGGAGGACAAAUCCAAGUACAGCCGCGCCGAGAUUGUGGAAGAGGUGACCUCGCAGGCGCCCGUCUUCACCACCUCACCGACGAACGUCACCGUGAAGGAGGGCCAGCGUGCCCACUUCGAGUCCCGCCUCAUCCCCGUCUCCGACCACACCAUGAAGGUCCAGUGGUUCCACAACGGGAAGCCAGUCAAGGCCGGCUCCAGGUUUGUUGAGACGAACAGCUUUGGGUUCGUGGCCUUGGACAUUAUGCACGCGUAUCCGGAGGAUCAGGGCACGUACACGUGCAAGGCCACCAACGCCCUGGGCGAGGCCGUCACUCAGGCCAACCUCACCUGCGUGUCCAAGAGCGCCAUUGACCAGGGCACGCUGCACGAGGAGGCGCUGGCCAAGCUACGCCACCUGGAGCAGAAGCCACAGACGACGCGACCGCAGGAGGAGGCCACCACCCAGGCGCCCGUCUUCACCCAGCCCAUCAAGGACGUGCGCGUGGCCGAGGGACAGCCGCUGCACUUCGAGGCGCGCCUGAUCCCGGUCGGCGACGCCAAGCUCAAGGUCGAGUGGUUCAAGAACGGCGUGCCCCUGCAGCAAGCCAAUCGCAUCACCACUAUGAACGACUUCGGUUUCGUGGCGCUGGACAUGAAGUACUCUCAGGAGGACGACAGCGGCACUUACACGUGCCGCGCCACAAACGAGCUGGGACAGGCGGCCACCUCGGCCACCUGCGUCGUCCAGUCCAAGGAGUCGCUGCUGCUCGACACGCAGCACGAGGGGGCAUUGCAGAAGCUGCGACAGCUCGAGGACAAGACGGUCACCAGGCCGGAGGUCCAGGAGGCCGUCGUCAAGGAGAAGCCGCGGUUCGUCACGGAGCUGACAGGCCCCACCAACCUGGUGGAGGGCCAGUCGGCCCACAUGGAAGCGCGCAUCGAGCCGUACCCGGACACCAACAUGAAGGUCGACUGGUUCCACAACGGAAAGCCCUUGGCAAGCGGUCACCGUUACCGCACCAUCAACGACUUCGGCUUCGUGUCGCUGGACAUACUGUCCGCCUACCCGGAGGACUCGGGCGUGUACACGGUGCAGGCGACCAACCAGCUGGGCAAGGCCACGUCCCAGCUGAACAUCGCCGUUCAGCCGCGCGCCGCCCUGAUCCAGGAGAGCCAGCACCCGGCCGCCAUGCAGAAGAUCUCCCACCUGGAGGCGGGCAAGCCGCGCCCGCAGGAGGAGCGGCCGGCGCCGCACGAGAAGCCCGUGUUCGGCCGCCCACUGAAGAACGCCCGGCUGGUGGAGGGUCAGAACACCCACCUCGAGGCCACGCUCACGCCCGUCAACGACGCCACCAUGAAGGUCGAGUGGUUCUACAACGGCCGCCCCAUCCCGCAGGGUCACCGCUUCAAGACUUCCUAUGACUUCGGGUUCGUGGCCCUGGACCUGCUAUACUCCUACCCGGAGGACUCCGGCACGUACAUGUGCAAGGCCACCAACGUCGCCGGCGAGGCCGUCACCACCUGCAACGUCGAGAUCGAAGGUCAGCAAGGUCUCUACCUGGACACGCUGGAUGCUGCGCGUCUGGAGAAGAUCCGCACGCUGGAGACCAGCGCGCCGGCGCGCAAGGAGGAGCCCCAGCCUGUCGGCCAGAAGCCCGUCUUCGUCACCCCGCUCAACAACCUGGAGAACCUGCGGGAGGGUGAGCACGCCCACCUGGAAUGCCGCCUCGAGCCGGUCAACGACGCCAAGCUCAAGGUCGAGUGGUUCCACAACGGCCGCGAGAUCAAGACCGGACACAGAUUCCGGACCACGCACGACUUCGGCUACGUGGCGCUGGACAUUCUGUACGGCUACCCCGAGGACACCGGCACCUACAUGUGCAAGGCCACCAACGAGCUGGGCGAGGCGGUCAACACGUGCACCAUCAAGGUCGGAGAGCGCCGCUCCAUCUACCUGGACACGCAGCACCCGGAGGGCCUGCAGAAGAUCCGUGACCUGGAGAGCCGGCAGCCGGAGCGGCCUGUCGAGGUGGAGGCGCCGCAGGAGAAGCCACGCUUCGUGCAGGAGCUGCGGGGGCCGACCCAGCUGGCCGAGAGGGGCGCGGCUCACAUCGAGGGCCGCAUCGAGCCCAUCCACGACGCCAACCUGCGCGUCGAGUUCUACCACAAUGGCAAGCCGCUGCAGUCGGCCUCCCGCUUCCACACUACCUUCGACUUCGGCUACGUGUCGCUGGACAUCAAGGACCUGGUGCCGGAGGACACGGGACACUACACCUGCAAGGCCAUCAACAAGAUGGGAGAGGCCACCUCCAGUCUGGACAUUCAGGUUCUCGGCAAGGACAACAUCAUCCUGGCGUCUCAGCGUCCGGAGGGUCUGGAGAAGAUCCGCCAGCUGGAGCAGAAGGCGCCCGUCACGCGGCCCGAGGAGGCCGUCACCUACCAGAAGCCCAUGUUCACGCAGCCGCUGCAGAGCGUCGACAAGAACGAGGGUCAGGCUGUCCACCUGGAGGCGCGCCUCAUCCCCGUCGGAGACCCCAAGCUCAAGGUGGACUGGUUCAGGAACGAGCUGCCGCUCCAGUACGGCUCUCGCUUCAAGCCGACGCACGACUUCGGUUACGUGGCGCUGGACAUUGCCGGCCUGCGGCCCGAGGACGAAGGCGUCUACUCGUGCCGCGCCACCAACGACCUGGGCGAGGCCGUCACCACCGCCUCCGUCCGCAUCAAAUCCGAGGCCAGCAUCAUCCUGGACACGCAGCACCCGGCCUCGAUGCCGGCGCUCCAGGCCCUGGAGCAGAAGGCGCCCGAAGAGCGUCCCGAGACCGUGCAGCACUUCGAGAAGCCUGUGUUCACCAUGCCGCUGACGGGGCCUGCCGACAUCAUCGAGGCCCAGAACGCCCACUUCGAGGCCCGCUGCCUGCCCGUCGGAGACCCCAACCUCAAGUUCGAGUGGUUCUGCAACGGCAAGGAGCUCAAGCUAGGGUCCCGCAUCAAGGAGACGCACGACUUCGGCUUCAUCACGCUGGACAUCAUGUCGGUGGUGCCGGAGGACGCCGGCGUGUACAUGUGCCGUGCCGUCAACAAGGCCGGCGAGGCGGUCACCUCCACCUCCAUCCACGUGCACGACCGGAGCAGCAUCCUGGGCGACGCCAUCCACGCGUCCGCCUGGGACAAGAUCCAGCUGAAGGAGGCCGAGAUGAACCGGGUGCCGGAGAUGUACGCCGAGGAGCGGCCGCAGCAGGCGCCCGUCUUCACCACCCACCUGCAGAGCUACGACCGGCUCACCGAGCAGCAGAGCGUCCACCUGGAGGCCACCGUCGAGCCCAAGACCGACCCCAACCUGCGCGUCGAGUGGAGCAAGAACGGCGUGCCGCUCAUGACUGGCACGCGCCUGCGCACUGCGUUCGACUUCGGCCUGGUGACACUGGACAUCAUGAGCCUGCGCGGCGAGGACUCCGGCAUCUACACCUGCCGCGCCGUCAACCUGAUGGGCGAGGCCGUCUCCACUUGCACGCUCAAGGUCGAAGACAAGCACUGGUUGCUGGGCCAGUCGCAGCGACCGGAGGCGCUGCCAGCCAUCGCUGAGCUGGAGCUGGGCAAGGCUCCCACCGACCGGGAGGCGCCGGAGCCCGCCUUUGAGAUGCCCGUCAUCAUCUCGCACCUCAACAACGUGGAGUGCAACGAGAACGACAAGGCCCACUUCGAGUGCAAGGUCGAGCCGGCCAAGGAUCCGACGAUGAAGAUCGAUUGGUUCUGGAACGGUCAACCGAUGAAGACCGGCUCCCGGUACACCACCAACUACGACUUCGGCUUCGUCACGCUCGACAUCGCCGGCACGCAGGGCGACGACUCGGGUCUGCUUGUCUGCAAGGCCACCAACAAGAAGGGCUCAGCCCAGACGUCCGGCACGCUCAAAGUCAAGAGCAAGGCCGACAUCUACCUGGACACGGUGCACCCGAUGGGCCCGCGCGGUCUCGAGAAGGUCGAGGAGGUGGACGCCGCCCAGGCCAGCAAGAUGGCGCCGGUGGAGGGCGCACCAGAGAAGCCCUUCCCCAAGCCGUGGUUCAUCGUGCCGCUCAAGCCCGAGUUUGAGCUGGGAGAGGCGGAGCCGCUGCACCUGCAGUGCAACGUCGAGCCCAAGGAGGACCCCAAGCUCAACGUCGAGUGGUUCUUCAACGGCAAGCCGCUGUCACACGCCACCCGAUUCAAGAUGUCCAACGACUUCGGGUUUGUGCAGCUGGACCUGACGGACGUGUACCCGCGCGACCAGGGCAUCUACACCUGCCGCGCCUUCAACCGGGCCGGCGAGGCCUUCACCACCACCACCGUCACCUGCAAGGGCAAGACCGGUCUGAUCGACUGGACUCAGCACCCUAAGGGUGAGAUGGGUCUGGAGGCCAUCCAGGAGAUGGAGGAGGCCCGCAAGCGCGGCGAGGGACCGCCGCUGACCGAUGAGGAGGGCCACCCGCCCGUCUUCACUUCUCAGUUCCAGAACCUGUCCAAUCUCAGCGAGGGCGAUAACGCCCACUUCGAGGCCACCCUGACGCCGGUGGGCGACCAGACCAUGAAGGUCGAGUGGUUCUACAACGGCAAGCCACUGGAAGCCAGCCACCGCAUUCGCACGGUGCACGCGUUCGCCAUGGUCGUGCUGGAGAUCCUGGGCACCAAGAUUCCCGACUCGGGCGUGUACACGUGCCGCGCCACCAACAAGUGGGGCAAGGCCGAGAUCAGCGUGACGCUGGAGUGUGUGGACAAGGACAGCGGCCAGAAGCCGCGCUUCAUCACGCCCAUCAAGGACGUGACCGGCCUGAAGGGCGGCGACUCGGCGCACUUCGAGUGCACGCUGGUGCCGGUCGGCGACCCGGCCAUGAAGGUCGAGUGGUUCCACAACAAGCAGCCGCUGCGCCACUCCUCCCGCAUCAAGUGCGUCUCCGACUUCGGCUACGUCGUCAUGGACCUGGCCUACCUGCAGAGCGAGGACUCCGGCGAGUACACGUGCCGCGCCACCAACAAGUACGGCUCCGACAGCACGACGGCCACGCUGAGCUGCGUGGGCCGCGGCGGCGUGCUGCUCGACUCGCUGCAGCCGCAGUCGCUGCAGCGCAUCAGCGAGCUGGAGAUGGGCCCCGAGAAGCCUGGCGCGCCGGCCGGCCCCGUCCUCGAGGCGCCCAAGUUCACGCAGCACAUCACCGAUAUCAGCGGCAUGGUGGAGGGCCACUCGGCCCACUUCGAGGGCCGGCUCACGCCCGUGCACGACCCCGAUCUGACGGUCGAGUGGUUCAGGAACGGCGUCAAGCUGCCGACCGGUCACCGCUUCCGGACCUUCCACGACUUCGGCAUCGUCAUCCUGGACAUCCUGUACUGCUACGAGGAGGACUCUGGCGUGUACGAGUGCCGGGCCGUGAACAAGGUCGGCUCGGACGUGACCAAGGCCACCCUGCGCUGCGGCUCCAAGGCCAACCUCAUUCUCACGCCGCAGAUGCCCAAGGAGAUGAGCGGUGCUCUGGACAAGAUCCAGGACCUGGAGGACGCCUCCCGCCGGCUCAAGCAGCCCUUGGACCAGGACAAGCCGAAGGUGGCGCCUCGCUUCGUCGUGCCCUUCAACAACGUGGAUGACCUGCGCGAGGGAGAGAACGCCCACUUCGAGGCCAGGCUGACGCCGACAGACGACACCACCCUCAAGACUGAGUGGUACCACAACGGCAAGCCCCUGAAGGCCUCCAGCCGCUUCCGCACGCUCUGCGACUUCGGCUUCGUCAUCCUGGAGAUUUCUCCGGUGUACCCGGAGGACAGCGGCGACUACACCUGCCGCGCCUAUAAUGCCGCCGGCGAGGCUACCAGCUCCGCCAACCUGAAGUGCACUAGCAAACGGAACAUCGUGCUGGAGUCUCAGCUGCCCAAGGGCAUGGAGAAGACCAUGGAGAAGAUCGCAGAACUGGAGGGCCUCGGUGUCAAGCCCGUGCAGCCCACCGAGCCAGAGGAGGGCGCGGCGCCCAAGUUCCUGACGCAGCCGGGCGACCUCAGCCUGGUGGAGAACCAGUCGGCGCACUUCGAGUGCCGCCUGACGCCCACGGCCGACCCGACCAUGCGCGUCGAGUGGUACCACAACGGCAAGCCGCUCUCCUCCGGCUCCCGCAUCCGCAGCAUCAACGACUUCGGGUACGUCAUCCUGGAGAUCGGCGGCAUCUACCAGCGCGAUGCCGGCCUCUACACCUGCAAGGCCGUCAACAAGCACGGAGAGGCCACCGUCUCAUGCACCCUUACCGUCAAGGGCCGGCAGGGUGUGGUGCUGGAGCCGCAGAUGCCGCACGACAUGUCCGGCAUCCGUCAGCUGGAGGAGUCGCUGCACAAGGCCGAGCCGGCGCCCGAGCAGGAGGAGAAGCCCAACCCGCCGCGCUUCGUCACCGAGCUGCAGAACCAGGACCAGCUGUACGAGGGCCAGCCGGCGCACUUCGACUGCCGUGUCGAGCCCGUCGGCGACCCCAGCAUGCGCAUCGAGUGGUUCUUCAACGGCCGCCCCAUCGACACUGGAUCCAGGGUGCACAUGUUGGAUGACUUCGGGUUCAUCGUGCUCGACUUGGACUGGACGUUCCCGAGGGACUCUGGGGAGUACGUGUGCCGCGCCACCAAUAAGUGGGGCACCGCGUCUACCAAGGCCACCCUCAUCUGCAAAGCCAAGCGGGACGUGCUGCUGGAAUCGCAGCUGCCCCAGGGCAUGUCGGGUGACAAGCUGCGCGCGCUGGAGGAGGGCCCCCAGCUGGGAGAGCCGCAGGCGCCGCAGCCGGAGGCUGAGCCGCCCAGGUUCAUCAAGGAGAUCGAAAACGUCGACAUCGGCGAGGGCGAGACAGCCUUCUUCGACGCCAAGAUUGAGCCCAAGACGGACCCGAACCUGCGCGUCGAGUGGUACCGCAACGGCGUGCUGGUCCAGACCGGCCACAGGUUCCGGACGACGUUCGACUUCGGGUACGCGUCGCUGCAGAUCCUGGGCGUGUACCCGGAGGACGGCGGCGAGUACACGUGUCGCGCUGUCAACCGGGCCGGCCAGGCCACCUGCAAGAGCGCGCUCACCUGCCGAGCCAUCUCGUCGGUGAUCAUGCUGACCCAGGUGCCGAAGGGCAUGAAGAAGUCGGACUACCUGAUGCAGAUGGAGGCGGCGCUGAAGCAGUACACCUCCGACAUCCAGCUGACUGAGGAUGAUAUCUACGACGCCGACCGGAAGCAGCCACCCAGGUUCGUGACGCAGAUUCAGGACCAGCUGGAGCUGACGGAGAUGGAGGAGACCAAGUUCGAGUGCCAGCUGGCGCCGGUGGGAGACCCGAACAUGAAGGUCGAGUGGUUCUUCAACGGCCGGCCGCUGCCCCACAAGAACCGUUUCACGCCCAUCUACGACUUCGGCUACGUGGCGAUGAACUUCGGCUGGGUGUACCCGGAGGACUCUGGCGAGUACGUGUGCCGCGCCACCAACCUGUACGGCAUGGACGAGACGCGCGCCGUCAUCAAGACCAAGGGCAAGCCGGGCAUCGUGUACGAGUCGCAGCUGCCGGCCGGCAUGCAGUCGAUGAAGCGGAUCCAGGAGAUGGAGUCGCAGUGGAACCGGGCCCCGGACAGGGCCGUGGACGAGGAGAAGCCGAAUGAGGCGCCCGUGUUCGUCACCAAGCCCGAGUCUGUGUCGGUGAAGGAGGGCGACUGGUCGCGCUUCUGCUGCCGUCUCACCGGCCACCCGCGUCCGCGCGUCAUGUGGCUCAUCAACGGGCACACCAUCGUCAACGGCACGCGCUACAAGCUGACCUACGACGGCAUGUGGCGACUGGACAUCCCCAAGACGCGCCAGUACGACAACGGCAAGAUCGAGGUGAUCGCGCGCAACGCCGCCGGCGAGGCCUACUGCGCCUGCGAGCUGAACGUGACGGCCAAGCAGGACGACUACCGCGCCAUGCUCAAGAACUCGCCCAAACCCUGGUACGACUACGACCUGAAGCAGUACCAGAAGGAGCGUCAGGACGGCGAGCUGGAGCGGAUAUUCGAGGAGAAGGUGCGGCCCGGCAUCACGGUGCUGCACCAGGGUGAGCACCAGAAGGUGGUGGAGCAGCCCGAGACCGAGUGGCAGCGCAUGGCCAAGGCCAAGAAGGGCGCCGACUACUACAGCAGCUACAAACAGCUGGAGGAGGACCAGCUGAUGAAGGAGUCCAAGAUCCGCGAGUCGGGUCACCAGUUCGCCGUCCCGGGAGAGAAGAUCAAACACAGCUCCGUCGCCAAGGGCAUGGCUGCCAGCUACAUGCAGAAGCUCACGGAUGCCGACCAGAAGCCGCAGGCUCAGCCGCCGCCGCGCCGGCAGUUCAUGCCCGGCCCGGCCGAGUCCACUGUGCAGGGCAAGGAGAUCCACACGAACAUUCAGAAGCAGCAGCAGAAGGAGGUGCGCGGCGAUCUGGAGAUCCAGCGCAAGAUCACCGCCAAGGAGACGUCGGAAGUGGAGCACAAGGCUCAGAUGCAGGACCGAGUCGUCAAGGGAAAAGUGGAGCCGUCCAAGCCGCCGUUCUUCACGCGCAAGAUGCAGCCGUGCCGCGUGUUCGAUAAGGAGGGCGCCAAGUUCGAGGUGGAGUUCAGCGGCGACCCUGCGCCGGAGAUCGAAUGGUUCCGCGAGGACUUCCUGAUCCAGAGCAGCUCCGACUUCAAGAUCACCACCACACAGAAGCGCUCUAUCCUGCAAAUCCGCGAGGUCUUCAGCGAGGACUCGGGCCAGUUCUCCUGCAUCGCCUCCAACCGCGGUGGCAAGGCCAAGUGCUCGGCCAACCUGGUGGUGGAGGAGCGCAAGCAGGCGCGCGGCGCGGCGGCGCCGCCCAACUUCGUGCAGACCAUCCAGGACACGACGGUGAAGGCCGGCAAACUGGCCCGCUUCGACGCCAAGCUGGCCGGCACCAAGCCCAUGGAUGUGUACUGGCUCAAGAACGGCCACAAGGUGGCCGCCGACAUGAAGCACAAGAUCCUGGAGGAGCAGGAGGUGUUCACGCUGCUCAUCCUGGAGCCGACCGUCGAGGACUCGGGCUCCUACGAAUGCGUCUCGAUCAACAGCUCGGGCGAGGCUCGCUGUCAGGGCCAGCUCGUGGUGGAGAGCCCGCCGCCGGCGCCGAAGCCCAAGCCGAAGCCGCAGCCGGAGCAGAAGGACGUGGCGCCCAAGAUCUCGGAGCCGAUGAAGGGCCUUAUCGUGACGGAGGGACAGCCGGCCAUGUUCCGGUGUCGGUUCAGCGGACAUCCCGCACCGACCGCCCAGUGGCAGAAGGACGAGAAGCCCAUCAAGCCGUCCAAGUACUUCAAGAUGGAGCAGGAAGGCGACGCGUUCGUGCUGAGGAUAUCAGAGUGCUUCCCCGAGGAUGAGGGCACGUACUACUGCGUGGCCACCAACUCGGCCGGCAAGUCCACCAUGAAGGCGCCGCUCAAGGUCCAAGCUCCGAAGCAGGACGAGGCGCCGACCGUGGUCGGCUUGAAGGACGUCACCUGUGACGAGGGUGAGGCGGCCCGCUUCUCGGCCAAGAUCACCGGCAAGCCGACCCCCACUGUCAGCUGGCUGCGCGAGGACACGCUCAUUCCGCAGAGCAGGGACUUCAAGAUGACCAUCAGUGGCAACACGGCGACGCUGGAGAUCGUCGAGACGUACGAGGAGGACUCGGGCGUCAUCACGUGCCGCGCCUCCAACAGCGCGGGCACCAGCGAGGCCACGGCCAAGCUGACCGUGGAGAGCGUCGAGUCGGAGAGCGAGUCCGAGUAGGCCGACCUGAGCGCGCGGCGGCGGCCGGACAGUCUAGUCACGCGAGCGCGCCCCGCCGCGCCGCCGCCGCGCCGCAUGCGCCGCGGCGCCGCUCUCUGCGCCAGAUAUGAAGCAGUCGGCCGCUGGUGGCCGGCGCCGGGCGGCGUGUGCUGCUGGGCGCGGGCCGGCGCGGCCGUCCAGCAGCGCGGAGCGUCGGAAUGCGGUCAGCUGAAGGACGCUGACAGCUGGUCGGGCUGGCGGUGCAGGUGGUGUGGUCGCCGAUGCGGCGCCACCAGCCGCCUGCGGUGCCAGCGCAGCUCCAGCCGCCGUGUUCCGCGACGCCGCCGUCGUCUCCACUGGAUUGUCCACUGUGGAUUGUUCUCUCGCUGGACGGUGUCGCAAUGGCUCUGUUAACGCGUUGCCUUGACCCGGUUAGAACCAGAGGAAAUAAGUAACCCCAGUCCGUGCCUAAAACUGUUGUAAAAUUUAUGUUUUCAAUAAUAAAUAUGCAUUUUAUG